UCUUCUCGAACUAUCUCGAACAAUCAAAUCGUUGCCAAAACAAAAAAUUCAUCGAACUCCCAUCUGCUUUCAGGAAUGCCAACUGAUCUGUGACAGCCAAAGUGACAGUUCUCGAGUUCAGUGAUUUGAUUCAGACGCAUCGGAAAAUACGAUUAUUUGUUUACAGAAUCUUGAGAUCAUUCUGAACUGCACCUAUUAAAAAUGAACAUUUCUGAAGGAUCAGGUUGCGGCGAACUGCAGCAGUUGGUACAAGAAGAAGAAGGUGAGGAGCCUCCGAGUCGUGGUGCAGAAGCAACACCGCCAUCGACGCCUGCGAAAUCUAAUAGACAAAACAGAAAUGAAAAUCACAAUAUGAACACCUCGCAACAAGUACUGUGGGAAAACAACACACAGAUUUCACCAAUAGUCAGUAAAACUAGUUCUGGCCAUGCAACGACUAGCCAGGGAUCUAUGGCGUCGGGUAGAGCGACAAACACUAACCAGACAGCCAAUCAAUCGAGAAUUCUAUACCUAAAUGAAAAAGAAAAGCAAAAACCUAAUCGCCCAGAACCACCAAGGACAAACAGACAGCACAGAGCUGUCGCGCCAUGCAGACACCAUUGCUUUUUGUCAGAGGUACCAGAUGUGAGGCAUAUGGAACAAGCGCUACUUCAUUUGCUAGAAGAUUUUCACAGUGGAAACCUCAGAGCCUUUGGUAAGGACUGCAGCAUGGAGCAGAUGACUGAAAUAAGAGAACAACAAGAACGCCUGGCUAGGCUCCAUUUCGAAUUGGGCCACAAGCAAGAAACUGGAACUGGAGUCAGUGGAGAACAAUCAGGGAUGAGACAGUCUAGUGCAAAUAUGCGCCACCUUCUUCAUCGUCUUCAGCAGCUCAGCGUCUGCAUAGAAAAAUUACACAGCAAAUAAUUUAUCGCACACCUCCACCAGCCCAAUAUUAGAUCCAAGUUGAACGUAAAAUAAGAACAAUGUAAAAUAAAUAUCAUUAAAAUGUUAAAUAAAACCAGUUGUAAUAAAA